AUGAGACUGUUGACAAAAGCGAUUGCGAUAAUGUUCAUAUUGAUGGUUAGGAGCUGCAGAGAAACACAAUGUAGCUUGGAAUGCUACGUUGGCGACUACACGAAAGAUGCUAAUCUCAAUGUCAUCAAGUGCAACCGAAAAACUCAAAUGUGUUUCACAGCUAUUCCAAACGGCAAGGAGAGUGAAGCAUCCUACCAGGGCUGCACACAUUUCAACUUCGGAGCAGAAAAUGAUGCCUUCAUCUACAACGACAGGCUGGAGGUUUCUCUCAUCACCUACUACGUGUGCAAAGAAAAUCUUUGCAACAGGGUGGAAAAUUAUCGAAAACUGCUGGCAAAAGAAAUUCCAAAGAAAACGAUAGCCACAGUCAACACUAACGUCGUUGCUGACGAAGUUAAACUACCCAAAAAAAUUACUAAGGAACAAUUGUCUUCAUCUCUCACUUUUCAGAGUGUCGUCACUCUCCCGGUAAAAGAAACUCUGUCUAAACCCAAAAAUUGUGUCCUGUUUUUCACUCAUUUUGAAUCGGAACCAACCACAAUCGACACAAUUUCCUCAAUUUACAAUGAUCUAGGUCUUGACGUCAUCAUAAUUAAACCCAAACAAAGCCAUUUGUUUUUGCCUGAAUCAGGAAAAUCACUGGUGGAUGAUUUGAUUUCUAAGCUAUCAGGUAACAACUUGCCAUUGAAUGUUGGACAGUUUCUGGUGCACAGCACUGCUUCUGGAGCAUUUUAUUAUGCAAUUUUUACGGAUCAACUUAAUAAAAUUGGUGGGUCAUUUCAGUUGAAUCGAAUUAGGGGACAGGUCUUUGAUGGUUUAGUUCUGAACGAUCCUGCUACUACACUUGGCUUCUACAGAUCAUCUUUACCUAAAUUUUUUGUACUGGGUAAAGAUAUUUUUGAAAAUUCAGCUCGAAAUUUUAUCGAGAAUCCUUUAAACGUUGAAACACUCAUUUUUCACACAAUGGACAAUGCACGUUGUGAAGAAGCAGACAGUUUAAUAGACAGAUGGAGCAAGUGCAACUACUUGAAUAUCAACAUCAGUAGCUGGGAAAGAUCUGUCAACAAGGAGAACUAUCUAAGCCACCCAAAACAGUAUGAAAGGACACUUGAAACUUUUAUCAUGAAAACAGGACUGAUCUAA